GGAGGCGCGGCGGUGCAGUCAGUUGACAUUGACGGUUGACGGCAGCUAACGCCAUUCGCAGAUUCGCUCUCGCAUUCGCAAUUCGCAAUGUCGUCGUCGCCGGCUGCGGCCGCGCCGGUACACCUGGUGGUGCGCGAUGGCCGGCGCGAGGACCUGCCCGCCGUGCAUCGCAUGAUACACGAGCUGGCGGCGUUCGAGGGAAUGCCAGACGGACCGCAGCUCAGCGUAGAGGAUUUGGCGGCGGACGGGUUCGACAGCCAGCCGCCGUGGUUCUUCUUGCUGGUGGCCGAGCUGGGGCACGAGGUGGCGGGCUACGCGCUCUGCAACCGUGCCUACUCCAGCUGGACGCGGCGCGCGCUCUACAUCGAGGACCUGUACGUGGCGGAGGGGCGGCGGCGCGCCGGCGUGGGGCGCGCGCUGCUGCGCGAGGUGUGCGCGCGCGCACUUGCCGCCGGAGCGACGCGCAUCGACUGGCACGUGCUCGAGAACAACCGCGCGGCGCGGGCGCUGUACGCGCGGCUGGGCGCGCGCGACCUGCACUGCAGCGAGGGCCGGCUGGCGCUGCGCCUGGACGCGCCGCGCAUUCGUGCCGUGGCCGAGGACCGCCUGCUGCCGCACCGUCACCUGCCUUGCGAUGCGCCUUGAUGCCUAGCCUGCGCUUUGCGCCUAAUCUUUCUAUUAUAAAUUAUACAUUAAAUCUAGAACUUUUGUAUUGGAAGUUAUAUAAGUAUUGAAAUACUACUGAACAGAAUACAAUAAUUUUAUCGCCGUUAUAAAGCUAUAUUAUUUUUGCAUA